AUGGCGAGGAGGGCGGCGGGCGGCGCCGGGCGCCACGGGGACGAUUUCUCCUUCGUGAGCCCGGUGGUGAAGUACGUGCUCUUCUUCUUCAACAUGCUCUUCUGGAUGAUCUCGAUGGUGAUGGUGGCAGUGGGGGUCUACGCCCGGCUGCUGAAGCAUGCAGAGGCAGCGAUGGCCUGCCUGGCGGUGGACCCCGCCAUCCUGCUCGUCGUGGUCGGCGUCCUCACCUUCCUCAUCACCUUCUGCGGCUGCGUCGGCUCCUUGCGGGAGAACAUCUGCCUGCUGCAGACGUUCUCUGUCUGCCUGACCAUCAUCUUCCUCCUGCAGCUGGCAGCCGGCGUGCUGGGCUUCGUCUUCUCCGAUAAGGCGCGCGGGAAGGUCAGCGAGAUCAUCAACGGUGCCAUCGUGCAUUACCGGGAUGACCUGGACCUGCAGAACCUCAUCGACUUUGGGCAGAAGGAGUUCAGCUGCUGCGGGGGUGUCUCCUACAAGGACUGGUCCCAGAACAUGUACUUCAACUGCACCGCCGCCAACCCCAGCCGGGAACGCUGCUCCGUCCCUUUCUCCUGCUGCCUGCGGGACGCCAACGAGGCCGUCAUCAACACCAUGUGCGGGCAGGGCAUGCAGGCCAUGAGCUACCUGGAGGCCAGCGCCUUCAUCUACACCAACGGCUGCAUCGACAAACUGGUCAACUGGAUCCACAGCAACCUCUUCCCUGGGGGCAUCGCCCUGGGGCUGGCUGUCCCGCAGCUGGUGGGCAUCCUGCUGGCUCAGAUCCUCAUCAGCCAGAUCAGAGACCAGAUCAAGCUGCAGCUCUACAACCAGCAGCACCGGGCUGACCCCUGGUACUGAGCCCCCGGCGCAUCGCGGCGGAGCCGGCGUCCGUCCCUGCGGCACAGCGGUGGCUCGGGGAGCCGGGACCUCAACGGUGAUUUUCCAAACCCCGGAUCCGUAGGAAGAG